AAGGGGGAAAAAGCGGCGUGUUUUUCUAAGUUUCUACCAAGAACUGCUUUUUCUGUUCGAUAUGUCUGGACGCGGAAAGCAGGGAGGCAAAGCCCGCGCCAAGGCCAAGUCUCGUUCUUCUCGGGCAGGUCUGCAGUUUCCGGUGGGUCGGGUGCACCGUUUGCUCCGUAAAGGCAACUACUCGGAGCGAGUCGGCGCGGGAGCGCCAGUCUACCUAGCAGCGGUGCUGGAGUACUUGACUGCUGAGAUUCUGGAAUUGGCCGGCAACGCGGCCCGUGACAACAAGAAGACGCGUAUCAUUCCCCGCCACCUACAGCUGGCCAUCCGCAACGACGAAGAGCUGAACAAGUUACUGGGCAAGGUCACCAUUGCGCAGGGUGGCGUUCUGCCCAACAUUCAGGCUGUGCUGUUGCCCAAGAAGACCGAGAGUCACCACAAAACCAAGGGCAAGUAAAGGGGUUUCAUGAAGGUUAGCCCCAGAAACCAAAGGCUCUUUUCAGAGCCACCCAUUUUUUUCAAAGAAAAAGCCGUUACACGCCCCGGUCCCCAACUUAAAAAAGCUGUCCCGACAGUAGGGGGUUAGGAUCAAGCACAAGUAUUGGGUUUCCAAGUGCAGCCCAGUCUGUUAGCCCUAGUCUUUGGCAAUACGAGGAUUUCUGGAAGGCAACCCAACUCACUUGUCCCGGGGUUGCCAGUAAGUGUCAAGCGAAGGGUAUAUAUAUGCAUGCGCGAAAAGCAUUCUUGUGUGCCAGAGGACGUCCCCAGCGUCCCGGGACAUUCUUGCGAGUCAACACACCCAACAUUUCAUGCAAGAAGCGGAAAUAUUUGCUUUUGGAAGGGGGCGGGGGUUCGAGCCAACAUCGGGGAACGUACUAGCAGUAUAGGCUUGCAGAAGUGCGGAGAGCUGUUAAUGGGCUCCCGAAUGUGCAGGCAGCUCAGAUCUCGGUCGUUAAGUGUUAGCCGAGGCUGAAGAGCGAAUCUCUUCAUAGCCAAGCUGGC